GUCAGCACUCGCUGCAUGCGUGUAGUUGAGGGAAACGAGCCAGUGUUCCCUGUGGUCUUGUCUAGUGUAUUUGGGGAUGUGGAUGCAGGAGCACAGCCCCACCUGCAGCCUGGGCACUUCUCAGCUCCCACACCUAUGGGCCCUGCACUGCUUGCUGUGACUGGAGGCCAGCUCCCCUGGUGCUUGGCAGAGGCCACAGGAAGAAGAAACGAGUCCUUGGAUCUCAAUGGGCACCUUAUCUGUAGAUGCCAGGCAAGGCCGUCAGGUGGGGGCAACAUCUCCCUGAGCCUUUUUAUCAGUCUCAGAGUCCACAGGACAGCCUUUGGGUUAACAAGUAACCAAGAGGCUGCCCCUCCACCCACGGAAGCCACUCUGGGUCUAGUCACAGACCAAGAUGGACACUAGGAAAAAGGGGGUGCCCUUGAAGACGUCCAUGGUACAAGUCUCCCUGUGGCUGAGCCCCUUCUUCGUCGCCUGUGCCAUCUACUUCCUUGUCUGGAUUCCAGAGAACCACCAGCCCUGGGUCAACGCCCUGGUCAAGUGCUUGCCUGUUCUUUGCCUAGUGGUCUUCCUGUGGGCAGUGGCCCCGAGUGGGGCCUACACUAGGUUGCUCCAAGGAGCCCUUGUGUGCUCAGCCGUGGGGGACGCCUGCCUCAUAUGGCCGGAGGCCUUCAUCUAUGGCAUGAUGGCCUUUGCUGCUGCCCACCUCCUCUAUGUUCGGGCUUUCGGCCUCUCUCCCCUGAGGCCGGGCUUGUUGCUGUACCUCUUCCUGGCCUCUCUGGUGUACUACAGCUGCCUCCUGCCACACCUGGAGCCCUACAUGGUGCUGCCUGUGGUGGCCUAUGGGCUGGUUCUGACUGCCAUGCUGUGGCGUGGGCUGACCCAGGGCGGGUGUGCGGCAUGGGGCGCCCUGCUCUUCACCUUCUCUGAUGGUGUACUUGCCUGGAACAGCUUUGCCUGGCCCCUGCCUUACGCUCACUUGGUGACCAUGGUUACCUACUAUGCGGCCCAGGUGCUCCUGGCCCUGUCAGCCCUUGGGAGCCUGGGUCUCAAGAUGCAUUGAUGAGGGGCCAGACAGGCGAGGGUCACCCUCUUCUGGCCCACCCUAGAGGGCUACAGCAACAGAGCUUUUCAGUGCUCAAGACAUCUGUGUAUGGCUGGCAGAAUCUGAAUCCUCCACCAGGCUCAAGCUACCCCCUGCUCAGUUGUGAGUCUGGAUUCCAGGCCCACUUCCUGCCUUCCCCAGCCCCUGCUGCUUCCGGUUACCAGCUGGCCACCAUGCUCCUGUCCCUUCCUACUCAUCCCUUUUUUGUUGUCUAAAUAAAGAGGGUCUUGAGACAGUGUCACCAUUAUUUUGGGAAGGGAUGACAAAAAAUUCAUAAACCUCCCCUCCUACUUU